UGGUGGCGGUAAUGUAACAAGAGUUCGUCUGGCAACCGACAAUAAACACGAAAGAAGAAGAAGGAAAACCACGCUGUUUCGAUGCACUCCGUUUCGGUAAAAUUAUAAUUGAUAGCUCGUUUUAAUACAACCUAGCCUCUAUAUACCACAUAGUAAUUGUGUUUAUCUCGUGAUUGACGGUGGACAUGGCUGAAUCCGAGGGGUGUUUACAGAGCGACUCGAGCUGGCUAGCUCAAGAAGCCCCGUUGAAUUUACAGCAGACAAUGCAGCAGCAGUCGCACACAUUUCAGGCAUUAAGAGACUGGAACUGGUUUCAUUCUGCGCCGACAAAUCCGUGGCCUCCAAACCCAGUCAGCAGCGGCGGAGCUCCAGCUUAUGUACAGCACUACAGUUUUGGUCAUGGGUGUCAUUAUGGGAGGCAGGACCAUGGUCAAAACCAGUGGAGAAAAAAACAGAAAAAACAGAAAGAAUCAGAAUUCAGUCAUUUCUGUGAUACUUGUGAUCGAGGUUUCAAAAACGAACAGAAAUAUGAUGAGCAUAUUGCCCAACAUGUAAAGUGUUCUUUUGAGGAUUGCAAAUACACUGCACAUGAGAAGCUUGUCAAAAUCCACUGGAAAAAUAGUCAUGCCCGAGGAGCAAAACGAAUUAAGUUGGACACUCCAGAUGAAAUUGCUAAAUGGAGAGAGGAAAGGAGACGGAACUACCCAACACAAAGCAAUAUACAGAAGAAAAUUAAAUUAGUGGAAGUCAAAGAGAAGAGAGGAGAUGUGCUGGAAACCACUCAGUUUGGACGCUUUAAAAGGCAUGGUCGAGUGCAUGGUAGGCAAGGUUUCCAGACUCACAGAGGACAUGCAGAUGGUGGCCAUCAACACUUCCAUCCAGGUAGUGAAAAGGUGGAGCAAGCAUCACCUCUUGCAUGUCCUCCCCAAGAUGUAGAUCCUCUAGGAGUCCUGGCCACCAGUGACCCAGAUUCAGAGAAAGAAGAGUCUGUAAAGGAGAUGAAGGCUUCUAUUUCUGUGGCCCCCAAAAAUCUGACCUCCGCUCUAGGAUCACUGAUAUGCAGCUAUGGAGAAGAUAUGACUGAAAGUGAUGAAGAACUGGAGGAUUCUCCUAUCCUGAAAAGUGCUUUGGCUUUAGAGGAAAACAAGGCCUUGCUUGCAGCUAAUUCUACCCCAAACCAGAAUAGUGCACAAAAGCCUAAGAAAAGGCAGACAAUUAAGGAAUCUAAGAUCAGCCAACAAGUACCACAUCUUCAGUCACAUCUUAAGAGGAGUGGAGUAAGAGGGAGAAGAAGGGGAAGACAAAAUAAUGAUCCUAGGACUGAUCAACAAAAAUGUUGUCCCACUUUACUAGAGAUGUUGUUGGCUCCAGAUAUUCGUCAUGAAAGGAAUGUGUUGCUUCAGUGCAUUCGCUAUAUAAUUCAUAAGGAAUUUUUUGGUCUAGCUUGUAAAGAGUCCAACAUUGUGAGGCCAGAUGUUGCAGCUGCAGUAGUGUAUAGUUUUGUGUCAGGAAACAAUGUUAGUGUAAAUGGCAUCACAACAUGAUAAUCUCUCAAAAUAAGCAUUCAGUUGUGAUGAAAGUUACCUGGUGAGACAGUCAUUGAAAAGAAUAUUUUUGAAGAAGUAUUUUUGUUAUAGGAUAAACAUUAAAGGAUAUAACACAGGAAAUAAAAACUAUUGCUCAAUAA